CUGCGGCGGCUCCAGGCAGGUCUGCAGGCGGCGGUAGCGGCGGAGGCAGCGGCAGCUCAGGACAGCAGGCAUCGCACCACCCCACACCGAGAUGUCGUCGUACAAAGUGUCGGCCGUGGCUGCCAAGGAGAAGGCCAAGGCAGAACCCGCCGACGCAGAGGCCGCUGGCGACGUGUGCGCGGACGGGCGCGGCCCCGUGUGGAAGGUGUGGCGGCGGCGGCGCUACGUGGUGGCGCUGCUCGCCUUCCUCGGCUUCUUCAACGUGUACGCGCUGCGCGUCAACCUCAGCGUCGCCAUCGUCGCCAUGACCGCCUACCGCAACGUCACGCUCGACAACGGCACCGUCACCCAGGUGCGCGACUUCGACUGGGACUCUGAGACGCAGGGCGCGGUGCUGAGCUCGUUCUUCCUGGGCUACCUGCUGACGCAGGUGCUGGGCGGCUGGCUGGCGGCGCGCGUCGGCGGCCAGCGCGUCUACUGCAUCGGCAUCGCCACCACGGCGCUGCUCACGCUCGUCACGCCGCCGCUCGCCUCGGCCAGCCUCUACCUGCUCAUCGCCGUCCGCGUCGUCGAGGGGCUCUUCGAGGGCGUGACGUACCCGUGCAUCCACGCGGUGUGGGCGCGCUGGGCGCCGCCGCUGGAGCGCAGCCGCAUGGCGACGCUGGCGUUCUCGGGCAGCUACGUGGGCACCGUCGUCUCCAUGCCCGUCUGCGGGCUGCUCGCCAAGGAGGUCGGCUGGCAGUCCAUCUUCUACGUCUUCGGCGUGGUGGGCCUCGUGUGGUGCACGGCGUGGUGGCUGGUGGUGGCCGAGGGUCCGGAGAAGGACCCCAGGAUCUCGCCGGAGGAGCUCAAGUACAUCCAGGACUCGCUGGGCCCCGACAGCGACCACAAGAAAGUCGUGCACCCUUGGGGGAAAUUCCUGACGUCGAUGCCUGUGUGGUCGAUCGUGAUGGCGCAUUUCUGCGAGAACUGGGGUUUCUACACACUGCUGACGCAACUGCCCACGUUCAUGAAAGACGCGAUGCACUUCAACCUGAAGGAGGCGGGCUUCAUGUCGGCGCUGCCGUACCUGGUCAUGGCCAUCAUCCUGCAGUUCUCGGGACACCUCGCCGACUGGCUGAUGCGCCGCCAGAUCCUCUCCACCACCAUGGUGCGCAAGGUGUUCAACUGCGGCGCGUUCGUGGCGCAGACCGUGUUCAUGCUGGCCGCCACCAACGUGCUCACCCCGGUGGGCUCCACCGUCUUCCUCACGCUCGCCGUCGGGCUCGGCGCCUUCGCGUGGUCCGGCUUCAGCGUGAACCACCUGGACAUCGCGCCGCAGCACGCCAGCGUCCUCAUGGGCCUCUCCAACACGGUGGCCACGCUGCCCGGCAUCGUCAGUCCUAUCAUCACGGGCUACAUCGUCACCGACAAGAGUGUGGAGCGCUGGAAGUACGUGUUCUACAUCGCGAGCGCCAUCUACCUCACGGGCGCCAUCUUCUACGGGCUGUUCGCGUCCGGCGAGCGCCAGCCGUGGGCGCUGGAGCCGCCGGCCCAAGACGAGGAGAGGCCCAAGGAUGACGCCAAGGGCGGCCACGUCAACCCGGCCCUCGAGCUCAACGAGGCCCUCUGAGAGCCGCAGCGGCACGCCACACACACCACGCAGCAGGCAGCAGGCGGCCCCAGUCCCAGCUCGCUGCCAGCUGUCUCCAGUAUUACGAUACCAAACUAACGUCCGGCACUUUACGGCCCUCGUGACGAAGGGUACGUUUGCGUUGGAGCUGUGAUAGAUUAGAAGAGCGUCGAAGAGGGCAGCGAGCGAAGCGAAGCACGGAUCUCAGCUCCACGACGGAGCUUCGGCAUCAAAGACGGACAGAGCAUCAACAGUGUACAGGAUAUUAAUAAAUUAGUUGUACAAAAGUAACUAUCAGUUGUCAAAAAACGAAAUAACUUACAGAACUGUUUGAUGCAGCACUAAAUACAGUAUAUCUUCAAGUAUUAUUUACAAAUGUUAGUGUGGCAUCUUUCGUAACACGACAAGUGUCCCACCCGUAAUCAAAUUCCUGUGAAGUUCUGUGAAACAAGUCUUGAUUUAUGCCAGCAGUUGCUCGUGUUAUCCGCUGUAGCAGCUCGUACACUUUUCUCGGAAGCGGGGGAACAAACGCUCUGUCUUUAGCGUAAACCCAUACACAGAAGUUAUUGGGGUUGAAUCAGAUGAUCGUGUUGGCUAGGAUAUUGCUCCACCACGUCCAACCACAGUCGGCUCAUUCACAUGGAGUUACGUGACAACUUCACGAUGAUAAUGUGGUGCCGUGCGUGAUUAGCCGAGCGGUCUAGGGCGUUGCAUUCAUGGACUGUGCGGCUGGUCCCGGCGGAGGUUUGAGUCCUCCGUCGGGCAUGGGUGUGUGUGUGAGUCAUUAGGAUAAUUUAGGUUAAGUAGUGUGUAAGCUUACGGACUGAUGACCUUAGCAGUUAAGUCCCAUAAGAUUUCACGCACAUUUGAACAUUUGAUAAUGUGGUGGCGCGCCAUCUUGCCCAAAAAUAAAUUCUUUGUCCAUAUUUUAUUGUUAUUGAGGAAACAGAUAAUAUUCAAGCACGCCCAGAUACGAACCUGUUCAAUUGCUGCGUCAGAAACUCCUGGUCGAACCUUACCCAGCGUCCUAUGUGAUACACAUCCAGAUUCGGUGAAACUGUCGGACAAUUAAUGACAGUUUGCCUUUGAGGUGGUGACUUGCAACAUUUAGUCCUCAACUGAACUGUAGUAGCGGAUUUGGAUUCAUUAAACCGUAAACAACAGUGCGCACGUCCUGCACUGUAAUACGACUCCGUGAUGACUGUUGAAACGACUCAUUCAAGUGUAUCACCUAGUGGAAACAUCGGAUACUAACAGUGUUAGACGGGAAUAAAACUUGAACAUACACUACAUUAAGUGCUGUAUCAAACAUAUCUCCAAGUUAUUUGCGCUUCUCACAAUUAAAGGUUACUUUUGUAUAACCAAUUUACAAAUAUCCUGUAUUUAUUCUGGGUUUAGAAGCGGAGACGAGAUAUUCAUAAUUCAUCACGUAAGCUUUUUCGUUUAUUUUGCACUGAAGUUAGAAAAAUUAGGCUUAAACGAUGUGCGAUUAACAAUACUUUAUUCUAGGAAAUCACAUUGCAUAAACAUAAAUACAUAAUAAUUAAAAAAAAUACCUGUGUUGCUGAAAUUCGAUUUUUGCAUAGAUUUGCCUACUGCUCAUCCUUUUAUCUGUUUUGCCUUUUCUUUUCAUACUGGAGUCGUAACUGCUGCGAAAAUCAUGAGAGCUAACUACAGUUUAUGGUAAUGUAGUCUAAACUGGAAUUUACAGUUUGUCGAUGAUUUCAGAAAAAUGAUGUUUAUAGAUUAUUCAAACAACUUAGGAACUGUAUUCAAAUUAUUUGCACUGCCCAAUCUGGCUCUUUAUUCAAAAACUACAGAGACGAUGUCCUAAUCUGUUACAAAGACUGGUGCUAAUUAUGAAUUCAUAAAUAUUACUGUAACUAACGGACGACGUCAUCCAGAUGCUGAGAAAGAAUAUUUAAACAUUUAGUUAUCACGAUCACGCAGAACUGCUGAAUUUGCCUUUUAUAUAAGGUGUUCUGUACGGAGAUAUUAGCCAGAGAAUAUUAGCCACAAAACUAUAAAAUCAGGUAGAAGUACCCGAAUAUGUUGUUGCAUGUAUUUGCUUAUUGUACAAUUUAAUAAAUGUUAGAGAAUAAACUGAACAUUAUCUUACCGUGAACAAAAAUUGACAAUCAAUAAAGGUUUCAAAAAAAUGGUUCAAAUGGCUCUGAGCACUAUGGGACUCAACUGCUAUGGUCAUCAGUCCCCUAGAACUUAGAACUACUUAAACCUAACUAACCUAAGGACAUAACACACAUCCAUGCCCGAGGCAGGAUUCGAACCUGCGACCGUAAUAGCAGCGCGGCUCCGGACUGAAGCGCCUAGAACCGCACGGCCACCACGGCCGGCAAUUAAGGUUUCAUCCAGCGGAGCUUGCCCCGGAAGAUUAAAUUAAUGAGCCGCAAAUAUUCACGAUCUCUUCAGAUGUCGUCUUUGUCGGAAUUCAGUGCUUCUUAUUGCACUUAUGACUAUAAAAACAAACUUUUUUACUUGCAUGUUCUUUUCAGUUAAGUAGUCAUCUCUUUUCAAAAUUGGUCGGAAACGAAUAAAAUUACGAUUCUUUUGUCUUUAUGAUCGGGCAGUGGAGGCCUGGAAGUAUUUCAUCGAUAAAACCUCCGAUACGUUUCGUCGGUAACAGCGAAGGAAUCUCUAGCAGACGCACGGAGCUCUUAUCGCGGCUCAACUUCUGACCGUGGCGCAGCCGUGGGGGUGCCAUUAGGGCCGCCGCUUACGCUUCCCUCCGCUCCGCCAGUACCGCCGCUCUUCUCUCUUCUCUUUUACCGCAGCUCCAACGUAGACGUGCCCCCACAAUAUGUGAGAACGCCUCACUUAUUUUCGUUCAUUCUGCAGGGCGUGAAACAUUCUGCGAUGUGGACAACUUUGACAAAGAACUGUGUAAACAUAUGCUGAACUCGACAUACGUUGUGCAUGACGUGAAACAGGGUUAAGGACGAAUUUUAUGUCAAGGUGACUGCGAACUGGCAAAAACAUAAGGAAAGUUCCUACAGUACUUUUUGUUUUUCAAGACGAACAGUACCAUUCGAGAGGUGACAACGCACAAGACAGAAUGCACCACCUACAUACGUUCGAUCUGUGGUUGUUUCCCCAUUUAACUAAUGUGAUUUUGCAAUCCUUGUAGUCAGGUGUACGAGGUACUCGUCAUUCCAAAACAUUAUGAGUCUGGUCAGUUAAGGUGUGAAGCAAGGGGAACGAGAAAUAGGCAGACUGCAAUAAUAUUUCGUACUGUUGGUACUGUUGUAUCUACUUAAAACUUGCGAAGGCAGACAGCGAUAGCAGAAGAUUCAGUGACAUUGUGUGAAUGAAGUUUGGAUUCAUUUCGCUGAUAAACAAAGAGUGACAUUCGCUUCAGUCUUCGUGUAUAGAGCACCACCGUUACCGUUACUUCCGGAACAGCUACAGUUGGACUGAAAUAACACUGACUGACACUUCAACGUGUCGAGUGGUACAGUCGGUUCCCUAUGUAGUGCCACACGUAGUGUCCUGUCCUGAUUUGUUUUCGAAGUACCCGCAGAGCCUUCCUUGUGGGUGUUUCGGGCUAUUGUAGAGUUUUGUGCAGAACACGAUGCUUCAUAAUGAAGCAGUACUGCCGGGCCACAGGCAGUGACUAAAUGUAUGUAUUUUUUUUUCUUGCGAGUAUUUUUUUUUACGUUUGAAUAUUACAGCUCUUGCAUGUGGAGUUAAAAUUUAAAUACGUUUAAAUUUUUAUUAAAUGUUAAAUUUCCAUAUCGUGGACUUCCCACACUCGAAAUAUUUAUUGUAUAAUAUAUUUAUAUAUUUACUGUAAUUAUUGUCAAUAAAGUUUUCCUGUAUUUAUCCUGGAUAAA